CAUCUACAUAACCAAAAAACCAUGGAAUCCGGAUGUGCGCAACGCCAUGGUGGAUAUCAUAAACUACAUCAGCCAGCAUCAUCAGCACGCCAAUAUUAUUCUCAGUGAACACAAUAUCGACGAGCUCCAACACCCAUCGGCUGGCGGGCACCUGCUCGAUGACCGCGUGCGACUCUUUACAGGCGAGGUCAAGGAUAUUCGGUUCAAGGCCGACGUGCUCAUGACGAUUGGGGGCGACGGGACGAUUCUCCGAGCGGUAUCGCAGUUCUCCAACUUCAAUGUGCCCCCCAUCCUUAGUUUUUCCAUGGGUACCCUCGGAUUUUUAUUACCAUUCGAUGUGGGGCUGUACCGGGCCCGGGUUGACGAGCUCUUCGCCAACCGGCUCCGGGUGCUCCAGCGAAGCCGGUUGGAGUGUCACGUGAUCGGCACCCACCCACUGGAAGCUCGCGUCAAUAUGGUGCACGCCAUGAAUGAAAUUACUCUCCACCGAGGAAGUAACCCGAACCUAAUUUCGCUCGAUGUGUACGUCGAUGGCGAAUGUUUGACGUCAACCACAGCCGAUGGAAUCAUUGUGAGUACCCCCACCGGGUCGACUGCUUACUCACUUUCAAGUGGAGGAUCAAUUGUUCAUCCAUCGAUCCGAGGGUUACUUUUAACCCCCAUCUGCCCUCGGUCCUUACUGUUCCGACCAUUGAUCUUACCUCUGACGUCGGAUAUCAUGAUCAGGCUCAGCCAGAAAAGUCGCAACGUGCUGGUCAAGUUGACCAUCGAUGGGAUCGAGUUGAGCGAUAUGCGCCAUGGUGAUGAGAUCCAUAUCCGCAAGCAGUUGGACAUCGAUAACCAUAUCUGGUGUAUGGCACAGGGUGAUAAUGAUUGGACGAAGGAUAUUAAUGAUUUGCUCGGGUUUAAUAAGCAGUUUAAUGAGUCCAAGCGGUGA